AUGAAACAUUUUCCUGAAACACACACCGCCAAUAAUAUCAAAAAUUGUUUAGAAGAAGUUCCAACUUUAUGGGAUAUAGAUACGACCAAAAUUCACGCCGUGGUACGAGACAACGGCAGAAAUGUGAUGAAAGCAAUUGACGAUUCAGUUUUUAAGGGAGUACCAUGUUUCAUACAUACUCUUCAACUGGCUAUUAAUACCGUUUUGAAACAUGAUACCAUGGCACAAAUACUAGUAAAAUCGAAACGAAUAGUGACACACUUUAAUCAUUCUAAUCAAGCUCAGUCAAAACUUCGGGAUAUGCAGCAAGAACUAAAUUUAUCACAUCACCAGCUUGUUCAAGAUUUAUGUACCAGGUGGAAUUCCACAUACUAUAUGAUAUCUCGCCUCUUCGAACAAAAACGAGCUGUUUCCUUGUACCUUGCUGAAACAUCAGUAAAUUUCGAAAAUUUGUCUAAUGAAGAGUGGCAAAUACUAGGAAAAAGCAUCGAAUUACUAAAGCCGUUUGAAGAGAUUACCAAGAUAAUAAGUUCAAGUUGCUCAUCAGUAUCUGAAGUAAUACCUCAUCUGAAAACCCUAAAAAAAUAUUUAGAAAUGUAUUAUGAUGACAACAAAGAAAUCUUGGAAAUGAAAGUCCUACUGGAAAAUGAUUUGAAUAUUAGAUUCGACAUGGACCAUAACAAAAUCUUCACCUUGGCUACAUUGUUGGAUCCAAGAUACAAGCAACAGUUUUUCGAGGCAGAGGAUCUCAUCACCAUUAGGUCCCAAUUUUUCGUAGAAUCUCUGAAGAAUAGCAUGAGUGAUGACGACAGCGACAGUGGCAAAGAUGAUUUACAGAGCACCUCCACUGAUAAAAAUAAUAUAGAAACAGCAACACAUAAGAAUUUUUGGAAAUGCUACCAAAAUUUUGCAUCAAGAAAAAUACAAGAAUUUCAAGAUGACAAGUCAAGCUCAGCUCAUGAACUGCAGUCCUACUGUGCGUUACCGGUGAUAAAGCGUAAUGAUGACCCAUUUCAGUGGUGGAGCCGCAAUAGUUCUAGGUACCCUGAAAUGUCGCGCAUGGCCAAAGUGUACCUCUGUUGUCCCGCAAGUUCUGUUUACAGUAGCUAUAAAUUUAAGCAAGCCCGCAGUUAUUAUGCUGAACACGGACAUCCAGAAGGGGCAUUCACUAUAGAACUCGCCCGAAAUAUCCCUCUGGAAAUUCGGGAGAUAGCUGAACGAGAUCUCUUAUUAAUUCGAGGCCGUAUUCAAUCAAGGCACGUCGCAUCAAGAACGUAUUAUGUGUACAUUGCAGCCGAUCCAACACUUCGUGGAUGA